AUGUCACCGGAGCCGCCCGACCUCGCGGCCCUCCGGGCCCCAUACCUCGCUGUGUCCCGCGGGGGCGAGGGAACAGGAGGAGCCGAGCGCAGCGUCAGAGCCUCGCCCGCACGUGCGCCCGCCUCGCGCCGCCCGGGCCCUCCACCCCGCCGCCGUCCUCACGCGCGCCCGCCGCUCUCUCGCCCUCCGGCCUCCCCCACGGUCCUCACCCGCGCGACCGCGAGCCCGGGUCCCGCCGGCUCUUCUCCGCGGAGCUGGAGGGAGCGUGGGGCGCGCGCGGACCGCAGCCGCAUCUCCCGGGCACGCGCCUCGAACGCCCCUCGGGCGACCUCGCCGGCCCGGCCCGCCCGAGCGCCGCGCAGUGCCGCGUUACGGACCUCGCGGAGCCUUGUGCGCCUCAGCGCCUGCAGCGGGCUCCAAGCGCGGCCCGGGCGUCGGAGGCGGAGCGGAGAGCCCAGGAGCGCUGCUGCUCGCCAGCAGGACGGUCCGUGGGGUCAGAGACCAUGGUGUGUCACCUCAGCGCCGCGCGGCCGCCCGAGCGACUCCAACCCUCCGCGGGCUCCACCUCAGGCGGCCGCGUCGGCCCCGCCCCGGCCUGUCAGUCAAGGCUCCAGAGGCCCGCGCUUCCCUGACCCUGCGCUCUUCUCUAUCUCAUUGGCCGGUGGGGCUUUCGGACCCGCCCCUCCCGCGGGACAAGGUCGCCAGGGGAGACUGGCGCCCGGUUCCCAUGACGACCAGCCGACCAGCGCCUGGGGCCUGGUUCGCGACUCGGCUCAACGCGCCCCAAGCGCAGGCCCUUUUGCUGUGAUGCUUCCACCUUGGAACCAGUUGACCAUGGACUGAAUCCUCUGAAAUCAUGAGCCAAAUUAAGCUUCAUCACCUGCUGAGGACUGUGAUGGGAACUUUGCCCAGGUGAGAAGCAGAAGCAAGAUAAGUAAUCCAGCAAAACAUGAGCAGGUUCUCUACAGCACAAGGCAACAGAAGUAACAACUGCAGACCAACCUGAUCAAAUGAGAGCCCAACACCCAGGAGGAGAGGAGAAAUGGUACCCUACCACAGAGACCAGGUAAGAGACAGCCUUGGAAGAUAGGGCUGGAGAG